AUGUAUAAUUUUGCUAAAACUGCUGCAAAAGACCCUUAUAAUUUUGAUAUCAAUUAGAAGACUACAACAGGUGGAACAAAAAAGAAUGACACAGGAGAUAAGAGCAAAAAGAUGUCGAAUAUGGAACCUAAAAGAUUGGCAAUCAGAUUUGACCCUCCAAUGAUCAUUGUUGAAUACUUGUAGCCAUCUUCAGGGAAGCUGUAUCAUCAUAAAAUGAAAUUGCUAAAAUUAAAGCCUGAUACUCCUGUUAAUCACGCUUUGGAGUAUUUAAAGAAGAAACAUGCUAUGUAUUUUAUGAAUAAUAAAAUCCCAGAAAAGCAAUUGUUGGAGUUAAUUGGAAAGAUCUAAAAAAGAUUAUAGAUUUCUAAGCCAACUUCAAAUGCUAAUACAAAUGCUAAGACAAGUGCUAAUGCAAAUGCUACUUUACAACGACCAACAUCCUCCACAAGACCUUUGAGUUCUUCCACUUAAGCAUCUAUAAGCAUGUCAAAAACACAAUCCAAAUUGCAAAAGGACAUUCAAGAUUAUGGUAUGUCUGAAGAGGAUUUAUAUAAUUAUGCGAUGAAGAAUUACAAAGGCAAAUAACCUGUUUUGGAGGAUGAUGAUGAGGAAGAAGAUGAAGAAUGUUAUGACGAGAAUUAUGAAGAAGAGGAGAAUUCAGAGGAUGAGAUCACAGAGGAGUAAUAUAGGAUGCUCUAUUAAAAAAUGGGUUAUAAUCAAUUGAAUUUAAACAAGAUGACAAAUGAAGAAUUGAAGAAACACAAAGAAAUCAUGGAAUCUAUGUACAAAAAGAAUUCUGUUAAGCCAGGAGAUAAGAAUUUUAAAUAUGAUGUACAAAAGGAUUUCAAACCUUAAGGUUAAAAUUAAUGGGAUAUGGAUGAUGAAGAAGAUUAUGAUAUAGUUUGA